GGCAUGGGCAUCGAUAAUAAAUCCUGGCAGCGCGGCUGCGGCCCGGCUGAGGAAGCGGCGCUGCCGCGACGCGAGGCGAUUCCCGACUAAGGAAGGCGAUCGGCGGCGCGGCCGUUGCCGGGCGACCGGGCGGGACCUGCCGGGCCCGGCCCGAGACUCCCGGGGCUCCUUCCUGGGGCUCUCCGCCGGGCAUUUUUCCCGAGGCUCUUUGCCAGGGCUCUCGGAGGACUCGGCGGCGGCCGCGGGCACUGCGAGGCGGCAGCGAGACACCUCCGCCAUGGCGGGGGGAGGCACGGCCGACUGCGGGCUGCAGGAUGAGCUACAGGAAGCAAUUUCUGAUCAUGCAACAAGCAAGGAAAAAGAUGAAUAUCCAGAUGACUUUGAAAGUGAUGAAGAUGGCAUAUUAAAUGAUCUUGGGAAAGAACGUGCUGAAAGUAAUUCAGGUUCUACAAGCACGGAGAGAUCUCUUGCUGGGAGUCCUCUCUUGAAUGAUGAUGCUUUACAAAAAGCAGUAGAUUUGGAAAAUGAACCUGCUGAUGACUUGAAUUUAUCCUUUCACGAAAAGAAACUUCGUCAAAUAAUGGUUUUAGAAGAUGAGCACCUGCAGAAUGACAGAAAAGAUGGUGAAGAAGAAUGUUUGGAAGGUCAAAAUGAGGAUAAUGACAGAAAAAAUAAUGAAGAAGUACUGCGUGAUAAUAGUGAAAGCGAUGACUUGCCUAUUAAUGAACUACAAGAAAAAAGAAAUCAAGAGGAAAACCAACCAAAAGCAAAGCCUCAGAUGCACAAAAAAGGAAAUGCUUCAGCACCAGAUCAAGAUCAGAAGACUGUCAGCACAAGUGACUUGAAAUUGGAGGACAAUGGUAGAAAAUCCCCUUCUGUUGACAGUUCAGAUGAAAUGAUGAAAAUAACAGAAGAGCAAAAAAUAGCCGAUACAAUACAGGAGUUGUCAGUGAAUGAUCAAUCUGAGCAUGAGGAGGCAAAAAACACGUCCAAGAACUCUGUCAAGAAACUAAGUGAAACAAAGGAGAGAGUUCUACAAAACCCAAAGGCUUCUCUAUCUGACAGGUCUACAGCUUUUGUGCAUUUAAAGAGAAAGGGGAAAGCUGUUCCAUCAACUUCACCUGUUUCAUCUCAGUAUCUGGGAUCAUUGAAGGUGUUGGAGGAUAAAUGCAUUCAGAAGAAAAGUCCAGAAUUCAACGAAGUAGAUAAUAUAAGGGCAGCUGUUUAUCAGAACUGGUUGGAAAGGAAAAAGCUCCUUCUAGUGGAAUUAAAGAGAAGUGAAAAGGAAAAAGCUGAAAUUCUAAGGAACAAUACUGAAAAGAAAGAAGCACUUAAAAGAGAAGAAUCAAUUGCAUGUUACGAAGCCUGGAAAAAAAAGAAAGAGAAAGAAGCAAGGAAGUUAAGUGAAAAAAAAAAGCUUGAGGAAUUUGAGGAAAAGAAACCAGCAGAACAGAAUAAGGAAAAAACAGAAGCAGCACAAGCGGCAUUCAAAAAAUGGAAAGAAAGAAAAAUGGAAUAUUUAAGAGAGCAAAGCAGGAAGGAAAAACAGUCUGAAAGAAUGAGGAAGAAGAUAGAAGAGGAUCUAGUUGCAGAGAAGAGGAGAGUCAGUGUAUCAGCAGUUGAAAAAUGGAAUGAAAAGAAGGAAAAAUAUAUAAAAAAGAAGAAAGUAGAGAAGUUCCUAGAAAAAAGAAAGCGAGAAAUGCAACAAGCAAAGAAGGAAGAAAAAAGCGAAAAGGCUAUGGAGGAAUAUGAAAGAUGGCUGGAGAACAAAAUGAGGAGAGAACAGCUUGAGAAGAACCAAAGGAAGUUGCAGACUGUACAUGGGAAUGAAAUGAGUCCUCCCUGGAGACCACCUGGCAAAGUCACAUAUUCUAGUAAUUACUAAGCAGUUUAUUGCUUUCCCGAAGAACAGAUAGUUUACAAAGUUCCAUCAAUAGCCAGUAGGUCUUUUGUUAUCAGCUGAUUUUCACUGAAUCCAUUAUGGAUGUUAAAUUAUUUCUUUUUAGUUUAUUUGAUAUCUGCAGUUUAAAUAAACCUGUUACUCAUUUGCGUGGAUUUAGAAAAUGUAAUAUUUUUUUCUAAUUCCACAUUUAAAUUACUUCUGCUAAAUUCCAUGUUAUGUUAUACCUUUUUGGUGAAAAUUUAUAUCCAGGAUACAUAAAGCUGGACUCUGGCAUUUUUUUCACCCAAUAAGUAGCAGAAUGGUUAUUUUUAGGUUAUUAGACCACACUCUUAAGGAGUUAAUUCUUGAAGAAAUGAUAUGAGGAGGCUGUGGGGUAAGGAUGAUGGUAAGGAGAUGUUGGCUCUCUUGUGGUGGUAGAUGACAAAAUGCUAGGAGUAUGGAAUCAGAAUGUCAUUUUCAUACAGAAAUAUACAAGAUACAGAGAACAUAUAUAUUGCAGAUAGGUGAAUACAGGGAUUUUAUAAGCUACAGGCCUGGCUCUAGCUGUUCCCUUAUGGCAGGCCAGGCAUUUUUUCCAGGUGUAUUGAAGAAAAGAGAAAGAAUCUACUGCUAGCAGAAACUUUCAAAAAGCUGAGAAGAUGCCCAGCCAGAGCAGCUUCAGUGGCCCAUGUAAGAGGCAGAGUAAAAUUACAGACAGCAGCAGGAGAGAUGAGGAAUUGCAGCCCUGGCAGAAUGCAAAAGAAUUGCCAAUUCAAAAGUGGCACACCUGGAUAUUAUGAGAAAAUACUAAAUUACCUCAGGCCUUCAGAUUGGGGAGGUGGUGUGCAUCAUUGGUGCUCUGGGCUUUUAGCACUUGGAGCCUUGAAUUUGAGUUUAGUCUGUUAAGAAACUCCAACAGGAGUAUCACGGGAGGAUGAAAUUUGUAGCAAGCAGCAGAGUUUAUUGUACAACAGACCUGAAGAGUCUGAGACAAGGCAGUCUGUGAGAAAGGGAUCAUCUGGAUCCUUUUUUUUUUUGCAGUGUCCACCUAGACGAAGCAAGGAAGGUCCCUCUGCUGACUUGAGGGGUGGAAAUGAAAAGUGUAGUAGAAUUAGUGGCAGAGAUAAAGAGAGUUUGUUAGGUGCCUGUUCCUGAACUGAGUGCCGCAACCUCACUGACUUUAAGCCUUUCUAUAACUGUAUAAAAGGUUUUGACAGAAGACAGAAGUGAGAAGAUGUGGGUGACAUCUUUCAGAGCAAUGAGGAGAAGCUCACAAAUUCACAACUUCUCAAUUAGGAAAAGAUGCUGAAGUCUGUAGACAAGGGAAAACAGUUGAUGUGUUUAACUUUUAUAAUAAAAUUUGGGGAGCUUCAUUUAAUGUUAUAUUGUAAAAAUUUGUACAUGUUACAGCAUAGCAUGAAUGCCAUAGAAGAUUUAGAGCUGAGAAAUAUAAACAUAUGUACAUUAAUGUAUAAGAAUAUACAAAUAUCUGUAUAGAUCCUAUCUAUGUGUUUAUUGAUGACAGAGGGAAAAUAUUUUGUAUUAAUAAAGUAUAUUUUAGUACAAUAA